GCUAUGGUGAGUUAGCUGCACACACGUUGCCUGCAUUCACAGUGCACUCAUAGAACCAACACACAGAGGUCAUGUGUGUUAUCUAUACUCACAACACAACAAAAUACUAGGCACUCAUGACUACUAGGCACUCAUGACUAAUACAUGAAUUAUCUUAUCUCUAUAUUUUGUGGUAUUCUCUGUAUAUCUAUAAGAAUCCAAACUUUUGCUCUCCAUCCCUUCAUUUUGUCUUUGUUUAGGCUUACCUAAAGCAGUAUGGCUACCUCCACACCACGCUUUUGCACUCGCAGUCACCCAGGCAACAAUUGGAGGAGCUGAGUGAGUCCUUGAGGACUUUCCAAAGGGUCACUGAGCUGCCAAUCACAGGCAAGUUGGACCAGGCUACUCUGGAGAUGAUGCGGCAGCCCCGCUGUGGAGUACAGGACCCCUUCAACAACAGGACCCUGAAAUAUCGCCUUUUAGGCCAUUGGAAGAAGAACAAGCUAACCUAUCGCAUCUACAACUACGCACCCGAUAUGGGUGUGGCCAAAACCCGUGCUGCCAUCCAGAGGGCAUUCCGUUACUGGAGCGACGUCUCACUUCUGACGUUUCAGGAAGUGACCCAGGGGCCUGCAAACAUCCAAAUCUCCUUCCACAAGAGGGAUGGCACAUGUCCAGUGCCCUUUGAUGGACCAGGAGGUGUCCUGGCACACGCUGAGGCUCCAGACUCAGGGCUGGUGCACUUUGACAUCUCAGAGCGCUGGACCGAGGGAUCAUCACGUGGGGCUAACCUCCGCAUUGUGGCAGCUCAUGAGAUUGGCCAUGCCCUUGGGCUGGGUCACUCCCAGCAUCGCAGCGCCCUCAUGGGGCCGGUGUACACUGGUUACAGGGAUGACUUCAAGCUGCACCCUGAUGAUGUGCUUGGCAUCCAAGCUCUAUAUGGUAAACCCAGCUCAAAUCCAAGAGUCCCAUCCCAAUCUAAACCAGUCUCCAGUUCACCCAAUCCCUGCAAGGCUUCUCUGGAUGCCAUCCUGCUAGGGCCUUAUGGCAAAACAUAUGCGUUCAGUGGGCAGCAUGUGUGGACAGUUACUGCCUUGGGUUAUACUGCACCCACUCGCAUCAGUUCUCUGUGGAAGGGUCUACCUGGGGAUCUCUCUGCAGCAGUCCAUUCAUCCAGGACCAACAAAUCCUAUUUCCUAAAAGGUGGGAAAGUCUGGAGAUACACAGGCUUCCGGCUUGACAGAGGAUUUCCUAGACAGCUGACCGGCAUUCCCUCCGAUGUUGACUGUGCUUUCUACCUCAACAUCAAUAAGAGACUGCUGUUUAUUAAGGACUCAGAGUACUGGCAGUGGGAUGAGUUUGGUUCUGUGGACCUCAAGUCAUACCCCAAAGCUCUGUCGCAUCUUGUCAAAGGCCUUCCUUCCCGCCCUGAUGCUGCCCUCACCUGGACUAAUGGUCAUAUCUACGUGUUCAAGGGGGAUAAGUACUGGCGUGUAAACGCUCGGCUCACCAUAGACAAAGGCUAUCCUCUAAGCAAGAAAGAGAGGUGGAUGCAGUGUGACAACUGAGUUUCAAGAAGACUAGUGAUUUUAAAAGUCCACCAACUUGAGUUUCAAGAAGACUAGUGAUUUUAAAAGUCCACCAACUUAUAUGAAAAAAAAAAUAAUAAACUGAGCAAUGCACAGUGUUUAAACAUGUGAACUCUACAAAACCAUAUCUUCAUCCCAGAACUGUGCUGAAGGUGUCCAUCUUUAAAAAAAUGUUUUAUGUAGACAUCAACAAUAAACUGUACCCAUUGUAUUUUAAUGAACAUUUGGAUAAGCUGUUUCGAAUGGGUUUUGUUUGUAACCUUUUACAUCAGACAGUAACAAAAUAAUAAAAAAAAUUGAACAUAAAGCAUG